AUGCUCUCUUCUCGACGUGCCCGCAGGCUUUGUGUGGAGCGCACAAUGGUCUGCACGUUGGCACUCUGUGUGGUAGGCACACUUGUCUUUGUUGGCAGAGCAUAUUCUACAGCAGCUCGAUUACUGCCCACUGGCCCAGAGCCUCGUCCGAUCUCAAUCUCGGGCAACCGUUAUGGCGAUGUAGCAUCAUCAUCGGCAACAUGUAGCAACGGUGGCUUAGCCAUGCUUGAAUUGCAUGGCAAUGCCGUGGAUGCAGCUAUAGCGACAGAGUUCUGCCUUGGGGUCGUCGGCAUGCAGUGGACUGGACUGGGAGGUGGAGGUUUCGCCCUCGUCAGGGCUAUCAAUGGCUCUUACAGUUUUGUCGAUUUUCGGGAAACAGCCCCGAUCGCUGCUUUUCGAGACAUGUAUAACACUGACGUCAAUGCAUCGAUAUUUGGGGGUUUAGCAAGGCGCAAACUGCACCGUGUGCUGAUACUUGGAAGCGGUGUGCCCGGCGAGCUUCAAGGGCUAGAAUACCUUCACCAACAGUACGGCUCUCUACCUUGGGACGUCUUGCUUGAACCUUCCAUCAAUCUGGCUCGAGACGGUUUCGUGGUGAGCUCCGCCUUGAAUUGGGCCAUGAACCUCUGGGGACCAGAUAGCUUUCCUUCACAAGACGCAACAUGGGCCAUUGACUUUGCGCCGAAUGGUACAAGAGUUGGAAGCGGUGACACAAUGUUCAGAAAACGAUAUGCCAACCUCCUCGAGAGCAUCGCACAUGAGGGGCCUGACGCAUCCUAUACGGGUACUCUCGCCGAAGCCACGAUUCGUGCAUUGCAACAAGCCAAUGGAACAAUGACUUUGGAUGAUCUACAACAGUACAAAGUGGCUCUUCGAAGACCUGUCGAACUCAAAUUUGGCGACUACAAGAUUGUGAGUUGUGGUGCGCCUGGUGGUGGCUCUGUUGUACUGAGCACUAUGAACAUCAUCAAAGGCUAUGCUGGAAGUGUCUCGCCCACUGACAUCAAAAUGAGCACUUAUCAUCUCGAUCAAGCGAUACGCUUCGCUUACGGCCAGCGCGUCAAACUUGGCGACCCUUCUUUCGUUCCGGGUGUUGAUGAGUGGGAGAGGGAUAUACUUUCUUACGGCACUGGGGAAUACAUCAGGAGUAAGAUCUCCGAUCAACACACUCUGCCAAUCUCCGCGUACAAUCCCGACGGCCUGAAAUCUGCCGACUCACAUGGCACAUCACACCUGGUCACGGCUGACAGUCUUGGCAUGGUUGUUUCCCUGACCAGUACAGUCAAUCUUGGGUUUGGAUCGCAUCUCAUGGUACCUGAAACCGGUCUUAUUCUCAACAAUGAGAUGAACGACUUCUCCAUUCCAGACGCCCCCAACGCCGACGGCUAUCAGCCGGCUGCCGCCAACUACAUUGCUCCAGGCAAGCGACCCUUGUCUUCAAUGUCCCCGUCGAUCGCCUACUUCGCAGGAAAUCAGACCUUCUAUUAUGCCACGGGCGCCGCAAGGGGAUCACACAUAAUCACAUCGACCAUUCAGAGCCUUUGGCGUGUCUUAAGCUUGCAGCAAAGCGCCCGAGAGGCUAUCGACGCACCGAGAUUCCAUGACCAGUUGAUACCGGAUCGGAUCAUGUUUGAACCUGAAUAUGAUCACGGUACAGUCGCCUACCUCCGUGACAAAGGCCUGAACACAACCUGGUCAAAUGGACCAUUGUCUUUCACGCAUGCGCUCAAACGGCACACCAACGGCACCUUUGAGGCUGUCCCAGAUCCACGGGUUCGCAUGGAUCCCGGCUCAGAUCUGUGA